AUGUCUUCCAAACCCAAAUUCGCCAUUCUCGACGACUACCAAAACAUCGCCCGCGCUCAUUUCGCCCACCUGGAAGACCGCGUCGAAAUCAGCUGCUUCCCCGAAACCCUCGACCCCCGCGAUCCAAUCCAACAAGAUGCCCUGAUCCAACGCCUCCUCCCCUUCGACAUAAUCCUCGCCAUGCGCGAGCGCACCCCCUUCACCGCAUCAACCAUCACCGCCCUGCCCAACCUAAAACUGCUCUUGACGACGGGGACCCGCAAUCUCUCCCUCGACCUCGACACACUCACCCAGCAGGGUGUCACCGUCGCAGGCACGGAGGGUAGACCACCGGGCGUCAACUCGACGGUGCAGCAUACGUGGGCAUUGAUCCUAGGAUUGGCGCGACAUGUCGCUCGGGACGACGCGGCGGUCAAAGCCGGUGGGUGGCAGGGAUCUCUCGGGAUGACGCUUUCGGGGAAACAAUUGGGUCUACUGGGACUGGGGAAGUUGGGGUCGCAGGUGGGCAAGAUUGCGGUGCAGGCAUUUGGUAUGAACGUCCUCGCGUGGUCGACCAAUUUGACCCAGGAAAAGGCCGACGAGCAAGCCCUGGCGCAGGGUUUACCUGCGGGCAGCUUCGUGGUGGCUCCCUCCAAGGCGGAUUUCUUUGCGCAGGCGGAUGUCCUCUCGGUGCAUAGUGUGUUGUCUGAUCGCAGUCGUGGGAUUGUCGGGGCAGUCAAUCUGGCUCAGAUGAAGCCCCAGGCUUUGAUCAUUAAUACCUCGCGCGGUCCCUUGAUUGACGAGUCUGCCCUGUUGGACACGUUACGGGCCGGUCGCAUUCGAGGCGCAGCACUGGACGUGUUUGAUCCGGAGCCGUUGCCGUUGGAUAGUCCAUGGCGCACGACGCCGUGGGGUAAGGAGGGGCGGAGCGAGGUGUUGUUAUCCCCACAUAUGGGGUAUGGUGAAGAGGAUUUGUUGCAUGGCUGGUACCGGGAAGUAGCGGAGAAUUUGCAGCGAUGGUUGAAUGGGGAAGAGCUGGUAAGAAAGAUGAAUUAA